AAGGCGCGAGACUUCGCGCACUUGUCGCGGGUUCAUUGCGGGGGGUGGUUUUUGUGUUAUGUUUAGCGGGGUGUUCAUUUUUAACGUUUGAAAGACAACAUUUAAUUCUCAGGUUUUAUUUAGUUUUAUAAAGAAAGCAUGUUCCAUCAGCACGGUUUUGUGGAACAGGCUUCCCAGACUUUACCUUGCACAAAAAUGGCUAAUGGAUACGUACUGCCCGAAGGGAGAAUCACACCCAAUACAAUUUUUGUUGGUGGAAUUGACAUGAAGAUGGAUGAAAAUGAAAUCAAAGAUUUUUUUGCAAGAUACGGUACUGUGCAAGAAGUAAAAAUAAUUACAUAUAGAGGUGGCAUUUGCAAAGGGUAUGGAUUUGUGUCUUUCAAAGAAGAUGUUGACAUUCAGGCAAUAAUAGAACAGCCAAUUAUUUUUAAAGGAAGAAAACUGAAACUUGGACCUGCUAUCAUGAAGGCACGGAUCAGUUGUCCUAGUACUAGUCCUGGUUGCUUGCCUCAUUGGAUGACCUCUCCACCCCAGCAAAUGCAUUAUUUACAUAAAGUCGACAAUAUAAUCCCACCUACAGUUAUUCAUAAUACCGGAAAUCCUUAUGUACAGCCAUACCAUUGCCCAGGUGUGCCAACAUUUGUGAUGCCUACAAAUAUUCCACAACCAGUGUAUACGGUUCAGUAUGCUGCCUCUCAUUGGACUGUUGGCGAUCACAGAGUAAGACUUGGGAACCAGGAUAAAUUGCCAUACCUUACUUGCUAAAGGAAUCUGAGAGGAUCACAACUGUUUCUUAGAUUUAUUGUUGAAAAAAUUGAUGUUUCACAGAGGUAUUAGUCUUGCUUUUUACAUUCUGCCCCGCCCAGGUUGAAAAGACUUCCGUUUUAUAUAUUAUUGUGUUUCUCUGUAACGAAAACCAUGUUUUAAAUAUUUUUGUUUUCCAUCUUUAUUUUAUUGUUUUUAUAUGGCUUCUGUCUGUUUUAAUUUCUGCAAAAUCUCUACAGUGCUUAUACAUUUGUCAAAACAUUGUCAAAGUGCAUUUUUGUAAGUUUGGUUUAAACAUGCAAAAUAAAAUUAGAUUUUUUGAUAAUUUGCCUGUACACAAAAUAAGUGGCAAAUUCAAGAAUACAAGAUUGACUAGACAUGUUUUGGCAUUAAGGCAGCAUUUUAGUUUCACUACAGUUUAAACCCAAUGUUUUUUGUUCCCCUCACGAAAGCUUGGAAAACUAAUGCAUUCAUAGGAGAAUCUGCAUGUAUAAUAGCUAUGGAAAAAAAAGAGUGCUUGUAACACUCAUCUUUGAAACUCUACUUACCCAAUAGCAGCCAAAAAUCUGACACCUGCACUUGUUUGUACAUAUUUAUAUAAUGUUAUGUAAAUUAGAGUGGUUAAAGUAGUUUUUUGAACUUGUUUAUUUGAUUUGAAAUUGUUGAACAUUUAUGCACAUAAUUAUAAUUUGUAAGUCUUUAAAUUUGUUUAAUUUCACAGUGUUUAAAUACAUUAAUGUAUGGUUGUAUGUUUAUGGAAAUUUAAAUGUUUUGAGUAUUUUGAUUUGUUUAUUAGCUUUGUACCCAAAUUCUAAUCAUAGCACCACAAGUUUCAUAACCUUGUUUCCUUCAGUGUUGCCCAGUUUUAGCUGGUUGUUGGGGCCUUUAACUUCAGUUUUAAUAAAGCAUUACAGAUCAUUACUCAAGUAUUUUACUAUGCAGUUACUGAAGGUUUGUUGAAAUGGUUAAAAGUUUUCAUUGUUAAAAGAUUCUAUUUGUUGUGUUUUGCCCUUGGUUUGUUCACAUAUUUCACUGUGGUAAAUUGAAUGUUCAUAUUUGAAAUUAAAAAUAAAGAUUGUUCCCAUAA